AUGAGCAUGCAUAGUUCGGACAGCAUUCUCUACUGCGAGAGGUUUCAUGAUUAUCUGGGUGAAGAUGUGCUUCAAGUACUGAAAUGUGGAAUUUGUUUAGAGUUUUAUGAUAAUCCAGUUGUUUUACCGUGUGGACAUACCUUUUGUUACAACUGUUUACUUCAAAUGGGAAAACAUGCCAACCGAAACAAGAAAGUUCCCGUUCACGAUUUGACUAUUGGUUGUCCGAAUUGUCGUUGUCCGAUUUUCGUGGUCGCUUUGUUACAGCGUGAUGUUACACUGAACUACCCGAUUCAGUCUUUGAUAGAUGGUUUGAAAGGGAGAAAAAAUACUAAAAAUAAAUCCAAAAUGGUCGAUGAAGGAACCAAUACUGAGAAAUUUUUUGAUACUGAAGAAGAUUCAAAGAAAAAAUCGACCAUUCCAUUUCUCACUUCCGGUGAAUUUGAAAAAAUCACCAGAGAUUUUGAUCGUUUUACGUCAUCACUAAAAGGCGGGUCGGUAAUUAAUGACGCCUUUUUCUCGAUUGAAAAAAUCCGAAACCAAUAUUCCGAUACUUUUGCUGCGGAAAGUUGCUCAAAAGCCAAGAAAAAUCCCCAAAAUACGUGCAACAAAAACAAAGGAAUGGAGAAAUAUGUUUUUCAAUCGAAGAUGCCGCGCGAUGACGUCAAUAUCGACCCUGCAAUCGUAUCGUAUUCGGUUUGUGGUUCCGGUCAGUGUACAUCGGGCUUUAACCUUCCCAAACCCAAUCAUGUAUCUAUAUAUUAG